AUGCUGAACAGGAGCUGGAGGUGUCUGAGCGCCGGGCACGGGAAAGGGAGGAAGAAGUGGCCAGAGCCGGCCAGAGAGAGACACGGGAGAGACGUGAGCGUGAAAUUUGUGAACUUGAAGCUGAUGCAAGAAGACAGAGAGAAUCAAGAGAGGGAAGACGCCCUGAGGGAGCGGAGAAUUGAUGUUGAACGGGAGCUGGAGGUAUCUGAGAGCCGCAGGCGGGAAAGGGUGGAUGAAGAGGCCACAAUUGGCCGGAGAGAGACACGGGACAGGCGUGAAAUUCGUGAGAUUCGUGAUCUUGAAGCUGAUGCAAGAAGACAAAGAGAAACUCUGAGGUACGAGAGGGACAGAGAGAUCUCAGUGGCAGCAGCAGAAGCCGACGUCAAAGAACUGGAGGUGUCUGAGCGCCGGGCACGGGAAAGGGAGGAAGCAGUGACCAGAGUUGGCCAGAGAGAGACACGGGACAGACGAGAGCGUGAAAUUCGUGAACUUGAAACUGAUGGGAGGAGACAGAGAGAAACUCUGAGGUACGAGAGGGACAGAGAGAUCUCAGUGGCAGCAGCCGAAGCCGAUGUCAAAGUGCGCCGAGAGGAGCUGAGAAGGAGAGAACGUCCCUGUGAGCGUGAGGAGGAGGCGGAACCAGAGAGGAGAAUCUCCCGUGUCAGAGAGAGGGAUGAGGCCCUGAGGGAGAGGAGAAUCGAUGUUGAACGGGAGCUGGAGGUGUCUGAACACCGGGCACGGGAAAGGGAGGAAGAAGUGACCAGAGCUGGCCAGAGAGAGACACGGGACAGGCGUGAAAUUCGUGAGAUUCCUGAACUUGAAGUUGAUGCAAGAAGACAGAGAGAAACCCUGAGGUACGAGAGGGACAGAGAGAUCUCAGUGGCAGCAGCAGAAGCCGAUGUCAAAGUGCGCCGUGAGAUCCGGGAACGGGAGCCUCGAGAGGAGCUGAGAAGGAGAGAACGUCCCUGUGAGCGUGAGGAGGAAGAGAGGAGAAUCUCCCGUGUCAGAGAGAGGGAUGAAGCCCUGAGGGAGCGGAGAAUUGAUGUUGAACGGGAGCUGGAGGUAUCUGAGAGCCGCAGGCGGGAAAGGGUGGAUGAAGAGGCCGCAAUUGGCCAGAGAGAGACACGGGAGAGACGUGAAAUUCGUGAGAUUCGUGAUCUUGAAGCUGAUGCAAGAAGACAAAGAGAAACCCUGAGGUACGAGAGGGACAGAGAGAUCUCAGUGGCAGCAGCUGAAGCCGAUGUCAAAGUGCGCCGAGAGAUCCGGGAACGAGGUGAGGAGCUGAGAAGGAGAGAACGUCCCUGUGAGCGUGAGGAGGAAGAGAGGAGAAUCUCCCGUGUCAGAGAGAGGGAAGAGGCCCUGAGGGAGAGGAGAAUCGAUGUUGAACGGGAGCUGGAGGUGUCUGAGCGCCGGGCACGGGAAAGGGAGGAAGAAGUGGCCGCCAGAAACCUGAGAGAGACACGGGAGAGACGAGAGCGAGACAUUCGUGAGGCUGAAAUCGAUGCAAGGAGAGAACAAGAAGUGUAUGACAGGAGAAGAGAGAUCUCAGUGGCAGCAGCUGAAGCCGAUGUCAAAGUGCGCCGAGAGAUCCGGGAACGAGGUGAGGAGCUGAGAAGGAGAGAACGUCCCUGUGAGCGUGAAGACAGAAGAAUUUGCCCCAGAAGAGAAAGAGAGGAGACCCUGAGGGAGAGGAGAAUUGACCAGGAACGGGAGCUGGAGGUGUCUGAGCGCCGGGCACGGGAAAGGGAGGAAGUGGCUGCCAUUGGUCGGAGAGAGACACGGGAGAGACGUGAGCGUGAAAUUCGUGAGAUUGAAGAUGAUGAAAGGGGACAAAGAGAAACCCUGAGAAGAGACAGGGAAGAGGCCCUGAGGGAGAGGAGAAUCGAUGUUGAACGGGAGCUGGAGGUGUCUGAGCGCCGGGCUCGGGAAAGGGAGGAGAGACAAGAGCGAGAAAUUCGUGAAGUUGAAGCCGAUGGAAGAAGACAAAGAGAUUCAGAGAGGGACAGAGAGAUCUCAGUGGCAGCAGCUGAAGCCGAUGUCAAAGUGCGCCGAGAGAUCCGGGAACGAGCUGAUGCAAGAAGACAAAGAGAAACUCUGAGGUACGAGAGGGACAGAGAGAUCUCAGUGGCAGCAGCUGAAGCCGAUGUCAAAGUGCGCCGAGAGAUCCGGGAACGAGGUGAGGAGCUGAGAAGGAGAGAACGUCCCUGUGAGCGUGAGGAGGAGGCAGAACCAGAGAGGAGAAUCUCCCGGGUCAGAGAGAGGGAUGAAACCCUGAGGGAGAGGAGAAUCGACCAGGAACGGGAGCUGGAGGUGUCUGAGCGCCGGGCACGGGAAAGGGAGGAAGAAGUGGCUGCCAUUGGCCAGAGAGAAACACGGGACAGACGAGAGCGUGAAAUUCGUGAGAUUGAAGAUGAUGGGAGGAGACAGAGAGAAUCAGUGAGGUUUGAAAGGGACAGAGAGAUCUCAGUGGCAGCAGCAGAAGCCGAUGUCAAAGUGCGCCGAGAGAUCCGGGAACGAGGUGAGGAGCUGAGAAGGAGAGAACGUCCCUGUGAGCGUGAGGAGGAGGCAGAACCAGAGAGGAGAAUCUCCCGUGUCAGAGAGAGGGAAGAGGCCCUGAGGGAGAGGAGAAUCGAUGUUGAACGGGAGCUGGAGGUGUCUGAGCGCCGGGCACGGGAAAGGGAGGAAGAAGUGGCCAGAGUUGGCCGGAGAGAGACACGGGAGAGACGAGAGCGUGAAAUUCGUGAACUUGAAGAUGAUGCGAGGAGACAGAGAGAAACUCUGAGGUACGAGAGGGACAGAGAGAUCUCAGUGGCAGCAGCUGAAGCCGAUGUCAAAGUGCGCCGAGAGGAGCUGAGAAGGAGAGAACGUCCCUGUGAGCGUGAGGAGGAGGCAGAACCAGAGAGGAGAAUCUCCCGUGUCAGAGAGAGGGAAGAGGCCCUGAGGGAGAGGAGAAUUGACCAGGAGCGGGAGCUGGAGGUGUCUGAGCGCCGGGCACGGGAAAGGGAGGAAGAAGUGGCCAGAGUUGGCCAGAGAGAGACACAGAGAGAGCGAGACAUCCGUGAGAUUGAAGCUGAUGGGAGGAGACAGAGAGAAUCAGUGAGGUUUGAAAGGGACAGAGAGAUCUCAGUGGCAGCAGCAGAAGUUGAUGUCCAAGUGCGCCGAGAGAUCCGGGAACGGGAGCCACGAGAGGAGCUGAGAAGGAGAGAACGUCCCUGUGAGCGUGAGGAGGAGGCAGAACCAGAGAGGAGAAUCUCCCGUGUCAGAGAGAGGGAUGAGGCCCUGAGGGAGAGGAGAAUCGAUGUUGGACGGGAGCUGGAGGUCUCUGAGCGCCGCAGCCGCCGGACACUGGACAGGAACACAGAAGUGACCAUCACUGACCAGAGUGAGGCACGUGAGGAGAUCAGGCUGGAGGUCCUGGAGGAGGAAGAUGAGGAGGAGCUGGAGCAGGACCAGUUCCGGUACCAGACCCUGGACGUGGACACCACCGAUCUCUGCCCCCCAGGACAGGAGAUGCCCAUCAGCGACCUCCGGGUCCGGUACCGCCCCGCCGACCCCGACGUCCGGCCCGAGGUCCGGCUGCUCCCCGAGCCCGUGGAGCCUCAGACCGUGGCCUACCUGGUGCACGUCAUCCAGAACCAGCAGGACCCCAAAGCCGCCACCUACGAGAUCGUGUGCCACCAGCCCGGCCAGCGCGGGCAGCCCGUGCGCGUCCGCACCUGCUCCGUGUCCCCGCGGCCACCGAGAGACCACCCUGAGGUGCCACCAUCCAAACGCCCCCAGGAAAACCCCGAUGAGGGCCUGGAUGAGCCCAGGGAAAGAUCCGGAAAAGAGGUGAAGGAAGGAGGCCUGGAGGAUUCUGGAGCCCUGAGGGAUUCCAGAGCUCUGCGGGAUUCCGGAGCUCUGCGGGAUUCUGGAGCCCUGAGGGAUUCCGGAGCUCUGCGGGAUUCUGGAGCCCUGAGGGAUUCUGGAGCUCUGCGGGAUUCCGGAGCUCUGCGGGAUUCCAGAGCUCUGCGGGAUUCUGGAGCCCCGAGGGAUUCUGGAGCUCUGCGGGAUUCUGGAGCCCUGAGGGAUUCCGGAGCCCUGAGGGAUUCUGGAGCUCUGCGGGAUUCUGGAGCCCUGAGGGAUUCUGGAGCCCUGAGGGAUUCCGGAGCCCUGAGGGAUUCUGGAGCUCUCCGGGAUUCCGGAGCCGUGCGGGAUUCCGAUGAGCUGGAAGCCGUGAAGGGCGAGCGGGUGAAACCCAAGGAGCUCCGGAGGCGCCCCGAGGUCCCCGAGGCGGAGCAGGAGCAGCCCCAGGGUGAGGAGCCCCAGAAGGGGCGCAGAGAGCGCCAGGCCGGCCAGGCCAAGAGCGGAACCGCCCCGGAACGCCGGGAUCCGGAGCGGAGAGAGCCCGGAGAGGGAACCCGGGAGGGCGAGGAGGCUCCCGAGGAGGAACCCAGCAAGAGGAGCCCUCGGGAAGCGGAAAAUUCCCGCGUUUCUCGGGAUGGUGGCGCCAAGCAGGGCCAGGAGCCCCCGCAGGAGGCCCCAAACCGCGCCAGGGAUGAAUCCAAAACAUCCUGA